UGUGAAGACGCAGGAAAACGGUGAAUAAGCCAGACGCAAGCGGUAGGAGCAGUGUCACAAUGGACGACUACGAGAGUGUCUUGUUGGUGAAGCCUGAGGUGUUUGUGUAUAGAAUACCUCCUCGCUCCAGCAACAGAGGAUACAGGGCAGCAGACUGGAACUUGGGAGCUCCUGACUGGACUGGCCGAAUGCGCUUGGUGAACAAGAAAGAUGAAUGCAUUAUCAAGCUUGAAGACAAAGUAUCAGGAGAACUCUUUGCCAAGUGCCCAAUAGAUAAGUACCCUGGUGUGGCCAUCGAAGCUGUAACAGACUCGUCACGUUACUUUGUUCUUAGGAUACAAGAUGAGGGAGGAAGAUCAGCAUUUAUUGGUGUUGGAUUUGGUGAUCGGUCAGAUAGCUUUGACCUAAAUGUUGCUCUACAAGAUCAUUUCAAGUGGGUAAAAAAAGAAGAGGAAGCUGAGAAAGAAAAGGAAGAAGGAAAACCUAAUCUUGACCUUGGAUUCAAAGAUGGGCAGACUAUCAAGAUUAAUAUGAAAAUCACUAAAAAGGAAGGACAAGAAGGUACAAAUCGACCCAAGCCUAAGUCAGGGGCUGGGGGACUCCUUCCUCCUCCACCAGGUGGAGUGAAACUAGCACCUCCUCCUGCCCCAGCAGCAGCAUCAAAGAUUGGUUCAGCGAGCAAUGUGGACAUUCUUGGAGAUCUGUCUAAUGCAUCUGCCAGCUCCGAUAAUCAGUCAGCUGCUGCAGGAGGUGGGGAAUCUUGGGGGGACUUUGCGAGUGCCCCUCCCAAACCAAUGCCAGCUAGUAACCCACCAAGUGGAGGUUCAGGCAGUGGUUGGGUGACCUUCUAAGUGUUAGGCUGCUAGAGCUCCCCAUGCACCUUGCAGUCUCCCAGAGGACCCUAUGCAUGACAAGUGGUGUUUAAUGUAGAUAUUACCCCUUGGUACUUCAAGGAUGUUUUCAAUUAUUACAGUUUAUCCUGUAAAUAGGAUGUUUAUUUUUUUUAAUGAACAACAGGCCCAUUGAGGUUUACAGGUCUCCCUUAUUAUGAUCAUUACAUUUCAAGACUGCUGUGCAGUCUUGUCUGCUUCUAAAAUAGUGUCUGGAAAAGUUAAUUUUUAGUGUAGGAUGGAAAGUGAACUAGAGAAUUUGAGAAUUUAAUAUGAAUUUAUUUAACAGUAAAUGGAAGUUAGCUAAUGCUGUGUAAGCAUUUACAUAACAGUGCACAUUUUAACUAUUGUGUUCACUCUCAUUGAUGUUCCUGAGUUACCAGUCACUACUUGAUUCUUGUCUUAUGGUUGGCUAAUCUAGCUCUCUCAUAGUGAAGGCUCAUGUUCUUCACUUUACAGGUUGAGGGGCCUUUUCAAACAUUAAGCUACAAAACAUUCUUUAAUUUUAUCUAGUGACAUUGCAAGUCAUAUUACUUGAUAUCAAAGGAAGUGCAGUAGACUGAGCUGUGGUUGAAAAAUAGUUUGGAGAAGCUUAUUUAUGUGUCUUCUCCUAUGUUUUAAUGAAAUACAUGUCAAAAUAAGCAGUAUUAGAUUCAUUUGGCAAUAGUGUGCACUUAUAAUAUGCAUUAUUACCAAAAUAAAAUAUCAAAAUAUA